UGACUGAGGAUGGAUAAAGACCCGAGAUGUAUUACUGAGAUGAUACUGAACCUCACCCUGGAGAUCAUCUACCUGCUGACUGGAGAGGACUAUGGACCUGUACAGAAGUCAUCCAAUCGGCAUACGACACCUAGCAGCCUUACCAGCGUGUCAGAAUGGAGCAGAAGUCAAAGUCCCAUUAUGGAGCCUCCACCCCCCUCCCUGAGACCUGAGAGAAACAAAAAGAUUCUGGAAGUCACCCAGAAGAUCAUGGAGCUGCUGACGGAUGAGGUUCCUAUAAGGUGUCAGGAUGUCACUGUCUAUUUCUCCAUGGAGGAGUGGGAGUAUCUAGAAGGACACAAGGACGUCUAUGAGGACGUCAUGAUGGAG